AUGGCGUCGACCGUGGCCAAACCCAACGUGCUGCAAGCAACCGCGACGGAGGGCCUAGCCUUCUUCCAGGGCUGGCUCGACAACGGCGUGCCGACCCACUUUUGGAUCUCCGGCUUUUUCUUCACACAGGCGUUCCUCACGGGCUCCAGCCAAAACUACGCGAGGGCCAACGCGAUCCCGAUCGACCACCUCGGCUUUGACAUGCACGUGCUCCCGGCGAACCACGACUGCUCCGUCGCGCCGCAGGAGGGCGUGUACGUGCACGGGAUCUUCCUGGAGGGCGCGCGCUUCGACGAGAGCAGCGCGGUGCUCGGCGAGUCGGAACCUAAGGUACUCUUCACCAAACUCCCCUCCCUCUGGCUGCGACCGCAACGGGAGGCUGACAUCGCCGACCGGGCGCACUACCUCUGCCCCCUCUACAAGACGUCCGACCGGCGCGGCACGCUCUCGACGACGGGCCAUUCGACCAACUUUGUCAUGUUCCUCAAGCUGCCGCGGUUAGAGGAGCAGCCGCAGGAACACUGGGUGAAGAGGGGGGUGGCGGCGCUGUGUGAGCUGGACGACUAA